AGGUUGGAAGCAGCAAGCGCGCGGCUUCCAUUUUGCCCGGCUUCUGCUGGUCUGGAUACCGGCCGAGAUGUUGAUAUCGGCGCAGCGAGCUUUUUCGGCUGGAUGGUCUGCGCUUUCCUUUUCCAUUCAGAGCGAGGAGAAAAAAAAUGAAAAAUCGCAAAUCAAAACCUUGACCAAAAACUUAAUUCUUUCAACCCCUAAUAAAGACAAGAGCGGAGAUCCGACGAACAUGGUUGACAAUCUCGGCUAUCGCACUGGCACAGGACAAGCCGUGCUGGAGGAAGACGAGCUAUUGGAGAAGACGUUUCUUGUGAAUCAGCAUGGACCGAAGGUUCCCGUAACAGUACGCUUGAAGGUACGGGGAGGCACAGCCUUUCCGCGCAAGUUUCGGGUCGAGGUCUAUGAGGCUGACCAGUUAGUCUGUCAGCAGCGUGGACACCUGCAGGGGCCGCAAAACUUGGCUUUACCGAAUGGCGAGCGACAAACAUCAAAUCGAAGUCAAAGCAUAUCAGGCCUAUUGCACCGAACUCCUGGCACGUCGGGUGUCACAGGCGUAAGAGAAGCCGCCACACCACAAGUCGCGGCCGUACAGCAGCACUACAAGGCGGAAGCAACGGAACCGAAUCGAAGUACCGCUGCUGGAACGACCCUCCGAGAUGAGGGCGGCGAGGAUUUGCGUGGCACGGACCCUCGUCGUGUCUACGACGCUGCGGACUAUCUCGAUCUUCCUCCACCGGCUGACCCUCGCGUAACGUGUCAAGCCUGGCUAGGCAUUUCAAACGUUGUGGGAACGCCUGGCAUGAAAAGCUUUUGGCAAGACCAAGACCCUGAGGCGACGGUGGAGAUCUACAAUUUCGCGCAGCAGGGCGCGGAUGUUGCCGCUGCGGCACAUUCCGAUAUACUUGGAGAAGGAAAUGAGCUGAAUUUUGAGAAGGAGCGUGUACAAUAUGACGCUUCUUGUUCGGAUAACGAGGAAGCCCAGGAGUCUUCCGAGGUGCCAGACGUGUCAGCGUCGUCUGAUGAUGAAGAUCGGGAAGCGUCCCAUGCCGGAGUAGGUGGAAGAGAUUGCGAUGCUUUCGACGCCGGAACUGGCGGUGCGGGCACAGGAGGCGUCCUGGAGGCCGCUCGUUCGCAAGUACAAAGCGAGUGCCUCCAGACCAUGAACUACAAAGAUUGGAAUUACGGCCGUGCUACGGUGGAGCAGCAAGAAGAUGAUUCUUCGUGGGGACACUACGCCAAGUGGGCACCGGAAAAGGAGCAGGAGGGUAAGUGGUCUGAUGAUCAAUAUGAAGCUGCUGACGCAGAUGCAAUCUGGUGGCAAACGCAAAGCAGCAGCUCAAGGCCAUGGUGGGAAGCAAAUGACGAGGAUAAUGCUCAGCAAACAAAAAAAGAAGUGGCAGAGAGAGUACAUGGCGAACAACAGGACACAGCAACACGUCAGGAAUUUCAAUCUUGGAACUGUAGCACGGACAUGCGUGGUUGGUCUCCGCCUGGAGAACAAAAAAGCGUAAGCAACUAUAACCCCGACGACACCGAGCAGCAGCAGAUUUUGCAUGCUCAAACUCAGAAAUUGUCAGGUCGUGACCAUCAAUUCGCUGAGAGCGGUCGGGCAAGCGGUCAGCAGCAGGACGGCGGCUCGGAGGUGUGCGGCAGUUUCGGAACAAACCGCAGUACGGCGGGGCAGAAAUACCCUCGCCAGAACGAAGGAAGAGCGCGCAGCUCUUCUGUUGUGACCGGUAACAGCCGUUGCGGAGCAGGCACAUCACAGCCGUCUGCAAACCGGGCGCGCAAUCUUGAGUCGUCGAUGCCGCCGAAGAGUACAGGGACGCCACAGGGACUGCUGGGAGUAACCGGGCGUGACACGAAGAAAAUGGAAAAUAGGCGGCCCAGCACCAGCGUCGCACCACAAUCGCACGCUCUGUACAACUCACUGCUUUUAUUCUUGUUGUUUAUUUCGCCGCGAAGACAAAAACAUGACAUGAAAAUCAGCUUGUCUGCCAGUCACAGUCUCUGUAUUCACAUGAACUACAUGUCCAGAUCACCAAUCCACAUCAUCAUUCAUCACACAGUCUGCAAGGACCGAACGGCGCCCAAGCUUUGCUAGAAGGAUGCUCGGACCACGGGUACGAUGAGGUUGAGUUGUACGCGAGUCACCCGCCAAGCAUGCGACCUCCAGCAUUUAAACUGGAUUCGGUGCGAUUCAACAUAUUCGGACAGAAGUCCAGUCUCUUCAAGGAGGUGUUCUAUGAAUGCCCCGACGCGCAAAGAUCCGAGGAAAACAUUACUUACGAGUACAAGUAUCCACGAGAAAGUGAUCCGGACUGCACGAAGCUCAUCACGUUCCGGUCUUACCGAUCGCUCUUCCUUCCGCUGCCGCCGGAGGAGAAAGUGCGCCAAAACGGAAAAAAGUAAGUAAAUAGACUAAUGCUAUGCCUCUUGCAUCAAAGCUGUAGUAGGAGGUCGCGACAUGCCCAAGGUACUAUGGGAAGCAAAUACUUCGUAAUCAUGGAUUCAGCAUGACCUUGCGCUUUAUAAUACUGCUAAUGCUUUUCAGGUAUUUGCGAGACCAGAUGUCUACACUGGGGGCAAAACUCAAGCAAAUCGGACUGGGCCAUCCGUAUAAGGUGCAAAAAUUCACCAUUCCCUUCGUGAUCCAGGGGUUCGACGUCGUUGGUGUGGCAAAAACCGGUUCCGGCAAAACGCUUGCCUUUCUCGUCCCCGCAAUCAUCCAUUUGACUGCUAACCCGCAUUCCCGGGCGCUCAUCAUGGGCCCGACACGAGAGCUCGUCAUCCAGAUCCACAGCGAGGCCCAGAAAAUCGUCCCGCCGGCGCUUUCGGACAGGUGUAAUUUCCCGGUGACCACGGGGAUGUGCUACGGCGGCGAGAAAAAAGAGAAGCAGCUUUCGUAUUCGUUACCUAUAUAGGAUUUUUCUUUCCGCCGUACCUAAUUCAGCGAAAAGCAACAAGACGUACAAGCAUUGAUUCAUCGAAGAAGAAGACAACUUUUAUGUAAAUAAGUACAUGAGCAGGAACAGGAAGACGAACGUAUUUCGCUGAACGUGAAUCGUUUUGUUGCGUUCAUCUAGGUCAAUGGUGUAUGCGAACCUGUGGGUUGGAACGCCGGGACGCAUGCGGGAUUUCGUGGAAAACGGACAGUUAGGUUGCCAUAACGUCACUUUUUUUGUUCUCGACGAGGCAGACCGGAUGUUGGAAGAAAGCUCUUUUGAAGAGGACUUGGCGGUGAUCAUGUAUUCUUUUCCGGAAAAAUUUCAAUCCUGCUUCUUCUCGGCCACCUGGGACCGCAGCGUGCAGCCCCUAGCCGAUCAACUCACGCACAUGCGAAACCGCGUGGUGAUCAAGUGCGACCAGAGCGGAGAUGGCGAACACCACUCCGCAAACGAGCGCGUGCGGCAAGAGAUUUUGCUGGUGAGUUCACGGGCGAAGGAGGGAGACGACCGACCCAUGGGGGCAAGCUCCAGGCGAGUACAGAUCAAAACGCGCGCACUGGUAUGGGGAUCGUUUGUUUGCACGUUGACAGAGCAGCUGCGAGCAAAAAAUGCGCGCCACGUAGUGUUUCUUUUUUUAUGCUACUAGCUCGGUCGGUCGAGGAGCGAAUUGAUUGACCGCGCCAAAGCACUUUUCGAAUUCCAACCCUGCAGGUUCGGUACGUGACUCUGGCAUUUGGGGAAAAUCCGGAGGCGAAGAUCUUGAUAUUCGUGAACACCCGAGCAGAGUGCGAGACCUUGCGGGACCGUAUACGCUUGAAACUGAGCAGCGUGAUCACCGGCAGUCGCGUCGAGAUCAUGCACGGUGGUCUUUCGCAGCCGCAGCGAACGGGAAUUGUGGACCAGUUUGGCAAGGGCAGAGUGAAGAUUGUGAUUGCCACCGACGUGCUUUCUCGCGGGCUGGACAUCGAUGGGGUCACACACGUCGUCAACUUCGAAAUGCCCGAGGUGCAGGACUACGUUCACCGCAUCGGCCGUACUGCCAGGGGCAGCGAGGGUGUGGGGCAUGCGCUGACUUUCUUCGAGUUCAAUCCCAAGUAUGCUUCAACACCAGCAGAGCUGAUUGACAUUCUUGAGCGCGGGGACCAAACGGUGCCCGCAAAAUUGCAGGAAAUUGCUGACGGAGUCAAUCAAUGGGGAAAGAAGUUUUACACCUGCCCGGGAUACACGGAGUACGCGGAUUACAUCACUCUGUAAAAAUGAACCUUUGAAGACCAAGACGUCACGACCCGCGGAUGCGGAGUCAGUUGCGUCAGCCGCAUACCCGCGCGCCGCCAAUUUGCGUCGGACGCGGGCGAGAUCGCAGCGGCUCUGGAAUCAAAUAAAGAACAAGACAGUUGUGCCUCUGGCCUGGUUGAUCGAUCCCUGCAGGAGCUCAUUCUCAGAAGUCGCCCUAUAUUCUCUGGUGCAGAUGAUGGUCGAUCUUACAUAGAGCAUGCGCGUGGUCCUGGUGUCAGAGUCAGGUCGAUCACGGUCAAGUUGCACCCACAUUAUCCUUCUCAUUCAUCUGCUCUGCGAAAAUAGUAAAUCGUCGAGCCUCAACAUCUAAUAUCGCCUCGACUGCUCCAAGAAGACAGCCUCACG